GUUGAUAGCACUCGAGAUAUCCGACCAGACAGAUUGGCGGCAAAGAUUUCGAGAUUUUAUCUUUACUAUUAUCAUCGUCCCCGAUUCGAGUAAACUUGAAGGUGCGCGAUAGUAGUGAGAAAAACCGAAACGUCGACUUGACUCCGAACAGUGCAGUGUUUAUUCGUUUUGGAUUUAUAGAUAGAGGCAAAAUGCGGCACACAACGGCAGUCAUAGUAGGCGGCCGAUCAUUAAUAGCAAUUAUCAGCACUUUGGCGCUGAUCGGCCGUACCGACGCAUGCGAAAGAACAAUGCUGAGAACCAGACGCAUAUCCGAUUUCGAUAGGCAAUUCAUCCUGGAUAUGCACAAUGCAAUGAGGCAAUCUAUAGCCCUGGGACAAAUAGGGGGGCAACCUCCAGCAGAAAAUAUGAUGGAAAUGAAAUGGGAUGAAGAACUAGCCAGUAGAGCACAAAAGUGGUCUGAAACUUGUCAUUCAGAAAUACAUGACCAUCAAAGAGAUGUAUCCAGAUUUCCUGUUGGCCAAAACAUAGCUAGCACGUGGACCACAAAACCUCCAUCGAGCUACUACGACACAGAACCCGACUUUGCCGAUGCCCUCUCCAAAUGGUUUGACGAAUUCAAAUUCUUCAGAUUCGGAGGUGUAGGCCGAGGAUCCACAGGCCAUUACACACAGAUGAUCUGGGCAGAAACCAACUUAAUCGGAUGUGGAUACUCUUACUACUAUGACCAAGCUAAGGGAUAUACAAAGAAUUAUGUUUGCAACUAUGGGCCAGGAGGUAAUGUAUUAGGACAAACUCCAUACAAAAAAGGCUACCCAAAUUGCUUAGAAAAGGGUUUGGUGAACUCUAAAAGAUUUGCUGGUCUCUGUGAAAAACCUACUUCAACUAGGACAAAUGCUUACUAUUUUGGAGUUUCUAAUUACAUUGGAUGAAUGGAAGAAACAUUGGUUUUGAUGUUAUAUUGAAUUGUUCAAUUGUUGUUCAAGAUUUAGAAUAGUCCACUAGUCUCAAAAUUUGGACUUGAUAGUGACAGAAAAUACAUAUCCCAAUAGCUUCUAGGCAAGGUGAUUUGAUGAUUUCCAAUAAUUAUUAAUGUAUAAUAUUCCAUGCUCUGGCUCAGUGGUUCUACUGGAUUAGUAUUUUAUUUGUUUGUUAUGGUGAUCCUAAAUCAAAUCAAAUAAAAAUAAUCCAUUGGAAUACGAAGAACAAAAAAGUACCUACUAAUUUACUUCACCAGUUAAAGUACAAAAAUUAUUGUACAUUCAUAAUCAACAUUUCAGUACCUAUUUAUAUCAAUUUUGUAAAUAAAACAUUUCAUUG